CUGGGAUGUUUUCAGCUUCCCGGAAUUAUUACAUAGCAAAAAUCUACAUCUACAUUAAAGCCUUUUCAGGGACAUUUCUGUGUGUACUGAGACAAGAAGUUUGGUUCAAAAUGCAUUUUCAACUUUACUCCUAUUUGCUUUGGGCACAGAUAUUUAAAAAAUGUAUUGGGCUCAGAGGAGGGUAGUGUUUUGUUUUCAGGUUUUACUUUAUGACUUCUUCUAUCCUUCCCACAUUUUCCUAUCUACUUGUAUAUACGUUUACAUACGUUUAUAAAAACAGCUGUUAUUUGUGGUUGUAAUCAUUAUGUUUCAGUUAAAAUAAUACAAGGGAAGGCUGUGGAAUAAUUUUCACAACCACCCCCUUUUCCCAAAAUCACUACCACCCCUAGUUAUUUUUUCUUUCCGCAGAAGUUUAAUAGGAUAGAACAAUCCUAUAGAAUGGUUGCAAUUCGUGAUAUUUUUUAUGAGACCAUACUCAAAUAAUCAACGAACUGUCCCUUUACCACUAGUCUGGAAGUACAUGCGUAUUACAUUGAUAUAAAUCACUGUAAAGUACCACAAGUGUCUGACCAGAAAAAUAAGUGUUCUACUUCAUUAUUAUGCACCCCCUUGCUCCCCACUUUCCCCUUACUUCAUAUUCUUGGAGAGGCUGUUUCCAGUUGCUGUGCUGGCAUCUGGCGCACGGCUGGACGAGCGACUCCCACAUGUCACGUGGCCAGGGAAAAGAACACCAGAGCGAACAAUGUCUUGCCAAUUUUGCGCUUUUCUUAUAAAGUUUACUCUUCUUUAUUGAGCCUCCAUACACCAAGUAUGUAUUCAUUUCAUGUAUUUUUCUCAAUGUUAAUGUUCGUUUUUGAGUGACUACAGUUUGCCUUGUGUCAGAGACAUUUCAUAAAGGAACCAAAUGUUCUCGGGUUUGGAAGUGGACAAAUAAUUGCUUUUAUAACUCCAGUCUCUCGUGGGUCACAUGCUGCUGAAGAGAUGGGAUGGGAGUGUCAUGGACUAAAUGGAAAACCUGCCUAAUAUACUGGAUGAGAAAUAUCAAAACUGCAUUGGGUUGGGUUACAGAGAAUUAUCUUACAGGAACCCAGGGCCCCUAACUGUUCCCUGUUUUCAUAUUGAGCCAAUAAUCAACCAGGUAUAAAUAAUAAAGUGAAGAAGACGAAAGAUCAUUGACAAAGGUGUGGUUAAUUAAAUCUGCCUUUUUAGAUCAUAGAGGUACAUCAUUUUGUUUAGUGGGAAACAAUGAGGAGAAUUCAUAUAAAAGGAGAUGUUCUGUGCACCUUGUUCCUGCUGGGACUCCUCUGUCUGCUGCUGUAUGCCCACCAAAACAUCGCUCCCACCAGAAACUCCUUGCAUUUGGAGCAGGGCUCCACAAGCUCCCGUGCUCUUCUAGAGACUGCACUUGAGAGUGAUGAAACUAAACGUCUCUCCGCUAUGCCCUCAGUAAAAACAAAGUGCCAGUCUGAGCCACAGUCCCGUUCCAAGCUCCAGACCCGCUCCAGGUCCAAGCUUCAGUUGAAAUCCAAACCUCAGACCAAGACCAAAUUGAAAUCCAAGUCAAAGAAAAACGAGGGCACAAAGAAAAUGGCCCCAACAAAUGCUGCUCCAGUUUUACCCACACAACCACCUUUUGACUUUGAGGCUUAUUUGAGAAAUAAGGAUAGCCGGGACUUCAAACUACUGCUGGACCAGCCAGGGAAGUGCUCAGGCACGCUCUACAUGCUCAUUGCUAUCAAGUCGGUAGCAGCAGACUUUGAAAGAAGGCAGGUAGUACGACACACCUGGGGAAGAGAGGGUGUGUUUCAGGAUGGAAAGACAGUGAAGACUGUAUUCCUCCUUGGGGUACCUAGGAACAAAACUGCCCUGCCUUUGUGGGACCGGCUCCUUGCCUAUGAGAGCCACACCUUCGGGGACAUUCUCUUAUGGGACUUUGAUGACACCUUUUUCAAUUUGACACUUAAAGAGACCCACUUCCUCCAGUGGGUGAAUGACAGCUGCUCCAACGUCCAGUUCAUCUUUAAAGGGGACGGGGAUGUUUACGUGAACGUGGACAACAUUCUGGAGAUGCUGAAGGGUCGGAAGUUCAAUAAGGACCUGUUUGUGGGUGACAUCAUCCACCAUGCCCGUCCCAUCCGCCGGCGCAGCAGCAAGUACUUCGUGCCAGAGUUUGUGUACGGCCAGACUAUGUAUCCGUCGUAUGCCGGAGGGGGGGGCUUUGUGAUGUCUGGUCUCACUGCCAGGCGGCUGAGUGGCGCCUGUCGGCAAGUGGAACUAUUUCCCAUCGACGACGUCUUCUUAGGCAUGUGCCUACAGCGAAUUGGAGUAAUACCGUCGCGCCACGAGGGAUUUCGGACAUUUGGCAUUGAGCGCCCCUCCGCCGCGCCCCACCUCCAGGUGUUUGACCCUUGUUUCUACCGGGAGCUGAUGGUGGUGCACAGCCUGACGGUGCCACAGAUCUGGCUGAUGUGGAACCUCCUGCAUGACCCUCAGCUGAGCUGUCACAGUAAACUGGCCCCCACCUCGUGGCCCUUCAAGUGGGGGGCCAAGGUGUUUGGGACACCAGGGCAAAAGGACUCAGAGACUACAGUGAAACAGGAUUAUGUGGAUAACGUGUUUCUAAAGCAUUAAGGGUUUUGUGUUAUCUUAUUCAAAGGGUCUACACUGUCAAAGAGCCAUUAGGAUAAGGAAGCUGUGAUUGAAUGUUUUUUCUAGUUUUAUGUAGGUAAUACAGUAUCUUUUGCUUUAAAGUUUACAGCCAUGGAAAUUGUUUGUUUUUUCCGAAGAGAAAAAUCUGGUUUCCUAAACCUUUCUUUGUAAAAAUCCUGGAUGUUAAACUACUUUGUAAAUGUAAUGUCGUAGUAAUGUAUAACCUUGCUACAUUUAGUGCAGUAGCGUUCAGUGAUUAUGAUCACUGUUUGUGCGUGAUUACAUAAUGACAUAGACUUGAAAGGAAAUGAGAAUAGGCAUGCUCUAUACUUCAAAUGUAGCUGUGGCAGGAAGUCUAUAUUGUUAGUUGCACACCCUGGGAGAACCGACCUAGAAAGGUUUUAGAAGAGGUACAAACUUUGUUGCACAAAGAAACAAUUUACCCUUAAUGAAUGUUAUGAGCACAGUACUUUGUAGCUCACAAUUAAUGACACUGAAGAUGACAAUCACCAACGAAAAACCAAAGAUGAAAAGCCUAAUUAUUACCUAAAUGUCAGAAUGUGGUUAAGAUCAGGACAAAUGACAUAUUUGCACCAGGUACAAAACGGGCCUGGAGUAAACCCUGAACAGUUAUGUUGGGUAGACGGUGUGCUUUCAUUUAUAAUACUUCUGAUAAUCAGAAUCCAUACAUGCUGUUUCAUGUUGUUUUUACAUGUACUGUAUGUUCACCAAUCCUUCCAACAUUUGUGCAAAUGCUGUAAGAGGACUACAUUCUGUUGAUCCCAAAAUGUAAAGCAAUCAGUGAACACUGAAAAUGUCCCUGGUGGAAACAAAUGUGCAUGUAUUCCUUUUCUUUUUUUAUUUAAAAA